GGGCUGUGCUGCUGGAGCUGAUGGUUCAGUAUUACGGCUGAAGUCCUCUUGGUGACGCUCUGCUGACAUCACUGAUAUGCCCCGCUCAGCUCUCCUGCAUCAGUCACACACGGAGCUCCUCCGACGCUCACACACUCUGCCCACACUUUGUUUCCAUUUCAGCUCCAGUCUCGCCGUGGCCAAGACGCACCAUCACACACACGCACACAACCCGCCUGCGGGCUAUAGCCUAUAGCUACCUGUGCGCACUGCGGCCAGUCCCUUCUUCCGGUCAGAAACAGAUCCAAAGAGAGAGAGAGAGAGAGAAACUAAAACACUGGUCCAGGCUGAAGAGGAGGAACACACACUCAGAGACAGGAGGGGAAGAGAAGCCGCAACUUGGCUGAUUUCAACCCAGGCGGUCUGAACUUCUCGGCUCAUCGGAGAAGGAAUUAUUCGGAGCCCGGGUUGCCCCCCCCGACACACACACACACACACAGCGCUGUUGUGGAUAUUUAGAAGAAUGGCGAGAGAUUACGCCGCACGCUGCCCGGUCUCUCCGGUGAGAAUUACUUGGCUGGUGGCAGCAGCGAUCCUCCUCGCAGCCCAAGGUAUCGCGGCUCAGAAAGUGCGAGUCGACGAGGAAGUGGAGGCGAAUCCUGCGGAGUCUGUUGAUCUCCGCUGCCAAUUUAUCGAUGGAGGAGGCCGAACCAAACUCACCCAGGUGUCUUGGAUAUGGGAACCCAUCGAUGGCCAAAGGGACAACAUCGCUGUGUACCACCCUAUCUACGGACAGAGUUUCCCCAACCCGUCCUUCAAGGACCGUGUCAUCUUCCUCCACAACAGUCUGGAGAACCCGUCCAUCAGGAUUUCUCAGCUCAAAAUGUCCGACGCCGGCCGGUAUACCUGCGAGUACGCCACCUACCCCUCUGGAAACGAACAAGCGACGACCACCCUCAUCAUGCUUGCCAAGCCUAAGAACUCAGCCAACGUUGUGACCGUCCAGGCCGGGACCAAGUCGGUGGUGGUGGCCCAAUGCGAGGCGGCGGAAGGCAAACCGGCAGCAACCAUCAAGUGGCUGCCGUCGGUCGGAGGCAACCACUCAACCAGCACCACGAACGGGCCGGACGGCACGGUGACGGUGCGCAGCGAGUAUCGGCUGGUUCCCACGCCGGCAGAUAACGGCAGGGAAGUGACCUGCGUCGUUGACCAGAGGACCCAGCAGCAGCCGUGGGUUUACCCUGUUAAGCUCUCGGUGGAAUUCCCCCCCUCUGUGUCCAUAGAGGGCUACGACAACAACUGGUACGUCGGCCGUUCGGGCGCCGCGCUGGUCUGCAUGGCCAACGGCAACCCUCCGCCCACCAUUGUCACCUGGACCGCGGCGUCCGGUGCUCUGCCAGACUCGGUGGAGGUGAGCGGCAACAAGUUGAUGGUGAGGAAGGUGGACGACGCCGUCAACACCACUUUCAUCUGCGAGGUCAAGAACAAGCACGGGGCCAGCAAAUUCCAGAUCACCACCAUCGUCAUCGAAGCCCUGGAGGAUCCGUCAAGUGCCAGCGUUGUGGCGGUCGCCGUGAUCUGCUCACUCCUGGCCCUGCUAUUGGUUGUCACGCUCGUUGCCGUUCUCCUGACCCGGAGUCGCCGGCGGCAGAGGCGCGGCUUCCCCAGCAGCGGGGACUCCAUAGCGGCCGGCAGCGGUGGCAGCAACGGCGGCGACUAUGGCAACAAAGCCUGCCUGCUCUUCAGCGGGACUGGCAACGAUGGCAGUAAGAACGGGACGGGCGGCAACAACAAUGGGCCCGUGCCCAUCUACACGUACCGCGAGGGCUGCGACGCCACGGGGACUCUAACGGAAAAGGCCAAUAACUACCACCAUCAUCAUCUCCACCACGCCUCGAUGGGCAACCCAGCCUCCGCCCACGACAUCCUCCUUAGCGGCGAGAUAGACGAAGCUGAGAGGAGGAAGUUCGACCUGGACGACAGCAUGGAGGAAGAGUACGACCGGUUUGGAGGCAUCGGGGGAGGCGGGGACAUGCUACCUCCAGCCUAUCACGUCCACAGAGGCCGCGGCAGGGAAGAAGAAAUGGACGUGUACCUCGACGACGACAUGGAGUCUCAGAGAGACGGCUCUGUCAUUUCCCGGACUGCCAUUUAUGUCUGAGGACGGAAGAGAGGGCUGGAAAUAGGGAAAGGAGACGUGGAUGGAAGAAGUGGUGAGUUGGAGCCAGCCUUCUUCCCCACCAAAAUAAAUCAACAUCGCUUCUAUCGGCUAAACACCUUCCCGCUUCACAUUCAACCCGAUUAAAGAGAUGGCAUCAAUUACAUCCUCUCUCCGCUUGGCCCCGACUGUGUAAUAUUAUAAAAAGAGGAUUAAAAGAAAAGUGGUAAAAAAGAAAACAAAGUCAAGUUGAAGCUGAUGAAGGAAAAUGUGUUAUGGCAGUAGUGGACUGUGGCUGAACAUGUGACUGAAUGUGUUUAAUCGCGGAGACGGAUUUUGUUCGGUGUCAGCCAAAUAAAACAAAACGAAAAGAAGAAAAAAAAAAAACGACUGCAAAAAGCCAACAAAAACCACGGCAACUCCUGAUGCGACGCUGCUUGAUGCUACGCUCUCGUUUCGUCAGCUUUGCCAGUGUGUGAUUGUGUUGAGUGGACUACAUUGUUUGUGUUUUAUACCUUCGCAGAGCCAUUCAAAAAUCGCCUUCCUGUUUCAAAAAUAAAUUAGAAAAAAAAAUAAAAAAAACCUUCAUCAACAUGUCGAACUCCACAUCAAACCGUCCAAACGGCUUCUGUGGAUAGUGCCACUGUGCUGCGUACUCUUCGUUUUUAAAACUUGAAAAGCCAAACUUGUCGCCCUGGCGACAAUGAUGGAGUUUCUGUUCAUCCCAGUGACAGCUUAUCUUUUUCGGGCUUACGUACAGUGACCCUGGGUUCCUGCCCCCACCCUGUGACACCACCUGGAUUCCUGAUGGGUGCCGCUGGAGCGAGGGCCACUGAACUGAGAAACAUAAAAGACUUAACAGUGUGUGCUAAUGUGUGGCUGGCUGUGGUGUUAAUGAUGUGCAUCGUUUAUAUAUUGGGCGCCAGUUGUCGUCGUCGUUGUUGUUGUUGUUCUCGUUGUAGAUGCUGUUGUUGUUGUUUUUUGAUGUUGUGUAAUGGUGUUGAUCUCGCUAAGCAAAAGACACACCGGGAGCCUUGGGGGUUUCACACAGUACCACAUUGGGUCGGUAAUGACUCAUUUAAUGGGUAAAAACUCCACCGACUCUAUUUUUUCCCCUUUUUAAAUCUCUUCUCAUUUCCUCUUUCUUUACUCCUCUGUCUUUUUCUUUUCUUCUUUCUGUUCCACAUGCGUCCUGCAAAAUUUGUGUGUUUUGCUGACGCUCUGUCCCCACACACAUUACAUCUCUCUCUCUCAUUCUGCUCUUUCUUUAGAUACAUAAUGGCCGGCUUAGACGAGUGCCGCAAUGACUGUGUGCAGGGAGAAGGGGAUAACUUGUAUUUAUAUUCCUAUCUGGGUCGCAUUCAGCGAGGCAAAAUAUUCACCGGCUUUGUUGGAGGCUGCUGUAUUUCAUGUAUUCAUUUUCCAUGUCCUGCAGAAUGUUCUUAAGCUAUGUACCAGAUUAUUCCAUGUUCUGUAUUGCGAUUGGAUGGAAAGACACAUUUAAAGAGUGGAAGUGAAACAGGCUAAAUGAAAUCCCAAACUCCCAGACCUUUGUUUGUUGUACACUGACAAAACUGUUUCUCUUAAAAUACGUGACAACGUCUGCUGACAAGGUGGGCUUGUUUUUGUCUUUGAUGAGAUCUCUCACUGAACAUUAAGAUAGUUGACUGCAAAACUGGAUUGGAAAGUUGCAAUUUUUAAUUUUGACGAUUUGGAGACUGAAUGACAGGUAAUUAAUUAGCGGUACUUCUUUGAAUAGAUAUUAUUUGCAACACAUUUUCUAAUGCAUAACUCAGCUCUUAUGUUUCUGGAACACAUUUGCCUUAUUGAGUCCCAGCUUUUUCCUACUCAUCGUUUUUUUUUUUUUUUCUUUCUUCAGGGCACCGAAUUGGCAAUUUCUCAAUUAACUGUUGAAUUAUAUCACUUUUCUAUUUAAUGUCAGGAUGAUUGUGCGGUGACACAGGGAGGCUCUGGGUGGGGGAAAUCUCUGCAUCACAGGCACACUUCCUUGGAGAUGUAGAGCCUGUUAAAGUUAGAAAAAAAAAAGAGAUGUGACCAAGGCCACAGUUAAAAUGAAAUGGAAGAAGAGCAAACUAGACUGGUGUUGCAUGCUUCAGCAGCUGAAUCGAGCACACACUCUGCUUUA